AUGCAGGAGAUACUGAGAAACCUUGUCAGCAUGGGAAUGGUUCUUGAUAGGCAUCAAAGUAUCAAAGGAGCUGUCUCAAAUCCACACAUUGGGUGGCAACCUCCAAAUGCAUAUCAUGUAUACUGCAUUCGUCAUAUUGCCAGCAACUUUAAUCACCGAUUUAAAAAUAUCGCCUUGAAGAAAGACCUCAUAAAAUUAGAAGCUGUGAAUAAGGUGUUUAAAGGUGCUAGAAAUAUACCCAUAACUACACUGGUUAAAGCCACAUACGGACGUUUAGUUGAAUAUUUUGUAAAGCGUGGAGAAGAAGCCAUAUCUGACCUUCACAAUGGAAACAUGUUUUGUCGUAUAGUAAUGUUGCAAAUACAAAAAAAAUCAACAAGAGGCUUCAUCACACCAGUUUAUUCAAUAGAAUAUGUUGUCAAUGCAUACUCUCCACAGUGGCGCCCCCUUGGUAAUGAAUGCAACAUCCAUACAAACAGUGAAUGGAAGUUGGUGCCUGACAUUGAAAGAGCUAGAGCUAAGGGACGACCUAAGUCAACUCGUAUUAGGAAUGAAAUGGACUGGGUUGAAUCACAAACUAGACAAAGGUGUUCACGUUGUAACGAAGGAACUGUGAUGGUAUGGGGAAAAUACCAUCAGGGCGUUCUGCCAUGGCUGGAACGGACCACUCUGCUGCGUACACUUGUCGUCGUCGACGUCCCAAACCCUUUCCUUCUCUUCGUUGUUGUGGAUGAUCUACGUGUAAGUCUGGAUGUUGUGGAUUGCCACUCUGCACUGGAGGAUUUGAACAUGAAACAUGUUCUAAUAUGCGAUCAUGCUUCUUUUUUAGUGAUAGGAGAGUCUCAGACAAGUCCUUCAACUCUUCAAAGGAGUCAGAACAAGUUGUUUCAUGGCUCCAUGUCCACAUGGCAUCACAAAGCUGAUUUCCACAUUAACCUCAAACCACCAAAGCCAAACCAGACCCUUAAGAAGCACCUUGAGUGCAAUAGCCACACCAAAGUGCUGUUACUCUUCAGAUUCUUCUUAAGAAAAAGACCCACUUUCAACUCCACUGAUAGCUAUUCUCUACUCUAUGCCCUCCAAGCCUGCAAACAGAAACAUUCCUCCAUCCAAGGAAAACAAUUGCAUGCCCUCAUCAUAAAACUUGGCCACCAAACCAUUGUUCAACUUCAGACAUCUCUUUUGAAAGUGUAUGCCGAACAAGGCAACCUUAGUAAUGCACACCAAGUUUUUGAUGAAAUACCAUUCAAGAACAUCAUAUGCUGGACAUCUUUGAUUUCUGCCUAUGUUGACCAUCACAAGCACAACCAGGCUUUGCAACUGUUUAGGUUGAUGCUGAUGAACAAUGUGGAACCUGAUCAGGUCACUGUGACUGUUGCUCUCUCUGCCUGUGCUGAGACUGGGGCACUUGAAAUGGGUGAAUGGAUCCAUGCUUUUGUGCAGCAUAAACAAGGGCUGAACAGAGAUUUGUGUUUGAAUAAUGCUCUUAUAAAUAUGUAUGCUAAAUGUGGGGAUAUUGCAACUGCCAGGAAGUUGUUUGAUAGCAUGAGAAACAAAGAUGUCACGACUUGGACUUCCAUGAUUGUGGGGCACGGGCUGCAUGGGCAAGCACAUGAGGCUCUUCAACUUUUCUCAGAAAUGAAGGACAGGGAAAAUUGGAGUUCCUACGGUAAUGUCAUAACUCCAAAUGAUGUAACUUUCUUAGGAGUCUUAAUGGCUUGCAGUCAUGCAGGUCUAGUUGAGGAAGGGAAGCGCCAUUUCAGAAGUAUGAGUGAAGAUUAUGGUAUAGAGCCAAGAGAGCCUCACUUUGGGUGCAUGGUGGAUCUUUUAUGCAGAGGUGGGCAUCUGAGAGAUGCCUAUGACUUCAUUAUAGAGAUGCCAGUGCCGCCAAAUGCAGUAGUCUGGCGAAACUUGCUGGGAGCAUGCUGCCUCCAUGGCGAAUUAGAGCUAGCAGUGGAAGUUUGGCAUAAGCUGCUCAAGUUGGAUCCUAACUAUGUGGGUGAUAGUGUUUCUAUGUCUAAUAUUUAUGCAAAUAAAGGCUUGUGGAAUAAGAAGGUGAUUGUUAGGAAUCAGAUAAAACAGUCAAGGGCUCCUGGCUGCAGCUCAAUUGAGGUUGAAAGUGGGGUUAGUGAAUUUGUGACUGCAGAUGAUGAUCAUCCUUUCGUGACAGAUAAGUGAUUUCUUGGGUAUUUCAGCUGAACCACGAAAGCUUAUGGUUAUCUGCCAAGGCCUUCUAGCCUGUUAAACACGCAUCAAGGGUAGCUUAAAAAUACAAGCAAAUUCAGUAAAGCUGUUUUGUUUGUUUUCUUUUCUUCUCCCAGCCCCAAUCCAUUCUUAGUUGUAAGUAAAAACAGAAUAGAAAGCAACUUAGAGGCAUUCAACAACAAAAGGGGUACUAAGUUACUUAUAUCUCACCAACGUACCAAAUUCA